AUGGAGCGGCCCGCGCCCCAAACCAACGUGGCCGUGGUGCUGUUCAGAGAAGCCACCCUCCUCGACUUCGCCGGGCCGUACCAAGUCUUCGACGAGGUCCAGGGCGACCGGCUCAAUGUCUACACCGUCGCCGAAACCACCCAGCCGUUGACGGUCGAGGGCGGCAUGAUCGUCGUCCCCAGCUAUUCUUUCGAGGGGUGUCCGAAGCCGGACUGGGUCGUGGUGCCCGGCGGCAGGGGGACCCGCGAUGGGUCCUUCACGGACGCCGGUGUGCGUUGGCUGAAGGCAGCGGCCGAGGGAGCGGAGGUUGUGAUGUCGGUGUGCACGGGCGCGCUGGUGCUGGGCAGGGCGGGCCUGCUGGACGGCCUGGAGGCCACGACGCACCACGACUUCCUGGACGUGCUGCGGCAGGUCGCGCCGGCGUGCAGGGUGCAGGAGGGGAGAAGGGUCGUGGACAACGGGCGCGUGGUGACCGCGGCGGGGGUCACCGCGGGCAUCGACGCCGCGCUGCACGUGCUGGCCAAGUUCUUGGGGCCGGAGCUGGCCAAGGAGGUGGAGGCGGCCAUGGAGUACCCACACUUCAGCGCAUCCGCCGAGAAGCAGGCGGGCGGGGGCGGGUGA